AUUUACGACUCGCACACAGACACAGACGCGCGAAUCCCUCUCGUCCGAACGACGCGUCUUCGCGAUCCGCGACGCGCGUCAUCGCGAUCCGCGAUUUUCUAUCCCGAUAAUCGUCUCGAUCAGAUACGGCUCGACGCCGAAACCGCGUUCGAUCGGCUCGAAAUAUUUGCGCGGCAAAAAAAAAAGAAACAAGAGGACGAUUGAGCGAGGGAGAGUGGGCGGAGUUGUGUGAAGUUUGCAUCGUUCGUCUGGAGGGCAAAACUCGCGCCACGUCGGGACACUACUCAUUCGCAUCUCCGAGAAGCAAGCGAGAUUGUCGUUCUCGAGGUGUGAGGUGAGAGAUGAAGUGUCCCUUGUACAAGAACGCGCGGAAAGGUUAGGUUAUGAGAUCGCGGUGACGAACGUCGAGGUCACGCCGUUGUAAAUAAGAAGGUGGAUGCGCACGCGGACAACGGAUGGGAGAGCGACGAAGAGGGUGAGACGCGGCGGCCGAUGCAUGGGACGCUCUGAUUGGCCGCGGCGGCUACUAUGGCCGCCGAUUGGCGCACGCACGCACAGUAUUGCCAAGGUACACAUACGCUCACGUAUGCCCGCGAGCGAGCCGCGUAGCAGUCGCUCGAGCGACCGAGAACAGUGAGAAGAGCGACGGAAACGGUCGGUUCGCGCGCGACGUCGUCGUCGUCGUCGUCGUUGUCGUCGUCAUCGUCACCGUCACCGUCACCGUCGUGUGAUUGCCUUGUAAAAGCGGAAAACUUCGUGUGCGACGUCCGUGACGCGGAUGACUCGGAAAACGACGCCGAUCUUCCUUGGCCGUAACGAAUAGAGUCACACACCGACGAGGAAGAAAGAUAAGAGAAAGAGAGGAGAUAUUAUAUAUAUACAUAUAUAUAUAUAUAUAUAUAUAUAUAGUGACGAGGAAGGAGUGCGGACCCGGGCGCGACACCGACCGUCUCGACACAACCGCGUAUACGUAAAACUCGACAAUCCGUCAAAGUUUAAAUCGCCGCCAAAGGCACCAUUUUCUCUUGACCCUAUAUUGUGUAUACCAGAUUUUAGAAACUGAAAUAAUUAGAGGUGUGCGCGCGAGAGAGUGCGGAACGGACGAAGAUAGAAGAUCGGAGGUUUGGAAGCGUGCGGCGCAAGAGGGAGAGACGUUAGAGAGAGAGAGAGAGAGAGAGAGAGAGCGUCAGAGUGAGAGAAAGGAACAAAACGGAGCGUGCGGAGUUAAAACUGCCGAACGAUACGCGCAGAAGGACAAAGACCACGGCGUCAGCAUAACCUCCAACACGUUCGCGUUUCGGGGAUCGCUGCGGGAAGCAGCAGUGCAUAAAGUCACGAGGUAUUUGUAACGACAGAGAUAAAGAGAGUAUAUUUUUGCAAGUGUGCAAGUCUCCGAAGCACAACGUUUCCGAAGAGAAAGAGAGGGUGAGCACGUGCAUCAUCGCAUCCGGCGCAUCGUCGUAUCGUUCGUCGCGCUCAUCCCUGUAUAAGUUUCUUAUUCGAAACGCGUCCCUUUGCAACACUGAUCGGGGCUUGGUAUACGAGUAUAACGCGUAAGUGUGGUACGUGCGUGCGUGGUGUGCUCCGUCGGUCGUUUUCGCGACGGAGCAAAUAUAAGUAAACACACUAUCAGACACACACAAAUACAAAACACAUACAUAAGAACGUGAGACACGCGAACACGGUGGUCGACGACUGAUCCACCACCGAGAGCUAAGGAAGCGGAGUCCGGUUGAUGGAUGAGACUGGCAAUAUGCUACAACACGGAGGUUCAGGUGUGGGUCUGAUGGGUGGAAACCAGGGCCAGGCGGCCCAGAACACGGCCGGUUAUGGCAGCAUGGGUCCGGUCGACGGCACCGCGACCCAAGGCCCCGAUCAGACGGUCGAGGCCAGGAAACAGGACAUCGGCGAGAUCCUGCAACAGAUCAUGAACAUCACCGAUCAGAGUUUGGACGAGGCGCAAGCGAGGAAACACACUCUCAACUGUCAUAGAAUGAAGCCUGCUUUGUUUUCCGUCCUCUGCGAGAUCAAGGAGAAGACCGUUUUGUCAUUGAGAAAUACGCAAGAAGAGGAACCACCAGAUCCGCAGCUGAUGCGGUUGGACAAUAUGUUGAUUGCCGAGGGGGUCGCUGGACCAGAGAAGGGUGGCGGUGCGGGAGCUGCCGCUUCGGCAUCCGCAGCAGCCGCGGCUGGACCACCUGGCCAACCAGACAACGCCAUCGAGCAUUCGGAUUAUAGAGCUAAACUCGCCCAGAUUAGGCAAAUUUAUCACCAGGAAUUAGAAAAAUACGAACAGGCUUGUAACGAAUUCACCACCCACGUAAUGAACCUGUUGAGGGAGCAGAGUCGCACUAGGCCGAUCACGCCGAAGGAAAUCGAAAGGAUGGUUCAAAUUAUUCACAAGAAGUUCUCCAGCAUUCAGAUGCAGCUCAAACAGUCCACCUGCGAAGCCGUAAUGAUUCUGAGGAGUCGAUUCUUGGACGCCAGACGUAAGAGAAGAAAUUUCAGUAAACAGGCGUCUGAAAUUCUAAACGAAUACUUCUACUCCCAUCUCAGUAAUCCCUACCCAAGCGAAGAGGCUAAGGAGGAGCUUGCACGAAAAUGUGGAAUUACCGUGAGCCAGGUGUCCAAUUGGUUCGGAAAUAAGAGGAUACGCUAUAAGAAAAACAUCGGUAAAGCGCAGGAGGAGGCAAACUUGUACGCAGCCAAGAAGGCAGCUGACUUGGAACCAAGAUGGAGGAAGUCUCAUCACUGUAAAUCAUUAGCAGCUUUUGCAGGAGCAUCGCCAUACAGCAUGGGCGGUGCCAGCCAGGGCACCCCGACGCCGAUGAUGUCGCCGGCGCCGCCCGGAGGACCGCAAGACAUGGCCGGAUACAGCAUGGGAAUAAACGGCAGUGAUUACGGCUCGCAGCCGUACAACGACGGCUCCAUGGGAUACGACCCGAUGCAUCAGGAGCUGUCGCCUUGAAAUCCUUAGGAGAAACGCAGGAAGAACGCAUACUGACAAAUUUAAAAAGAGAGAUUGAGAGAGAGAGAGAGAGAGAGUGAGUGAGAAAAGAGAGAGAGAGAAAGAAAAAAAAACAUAAAAAAAUACGAUAGAGACCGCAUUGUUAUCGCGAUAACGCUCGCGCAAUCCGAUCACCUCACUAUCUGUGAUCCGAGGCCCGCCUUUGAACGGCGGGUAAUACGAACUAAAAAUCGAUAUUAAGCUAUUAAGGUUACAUAACGCGCUCGUGUCUGGAGGCACUCGUGUUUUCGCCCCUCAAUCCUGCCAGGAUUUAUCCAUCCGACGCUAUUCAGAUACCGCUCGCUCCAUUCGCGUAUCUGUCUUUACGGAAGCGAGGGGCUCCUCGAAUAAAAAUUUGGGAACGAGAUAUAUCGAGCGCGUAAAAAUUCGAAAUUCUACAUCGUAUACUAUUCGUAUACAAUGCGUUUUUUUGUUUGUCUUAAUUUUUCGUUAAUUAUAUUAAUAUCGAGAACGUCAACCGCGAAGAGCGAAUCCUCCUCUCAUCUCAGAUUUUAUGAUAGCCGCAUGUUGCAAAUCUUGCCAGUAGCACUGAAUUUUCGUAUUUGUCAAUUUUUUACGGCACAAAGAGCUGCGUUUUUUAAAACCGACGCGUAAAAUGUUAUAAACUUACGGCCUGCGAGAGGAUCUUCUUCCACAUCAAUGUUCUCCGAUGCAAUUUUCUCCAAACAUGCGAUUCGUUUUGGCUUUGAAAAAUCCACCGACACGAAUGCUUCCAGCCAUCGACGACAGUGUUUUCCCCCCCUUAUCCCUCUGCGAUCCAUCAGGAGCAAAAAAAAAUAUAUAGCAGAAUGGUAUGAUAUACAUAAGAGACGCGUUGAGAGAAAAACAAGGUGCGAGAAUGAGCGAGAAAGAAAGAGAGACAGAAGCAAUGGUCCUGCGACACAACAUUAAUGUAUACGAUUUUUCAACACGAAAAUAUUAUAUAUUGUAGCUAUAUAUAUAUAUAUAUAUAGAAGUAUAUAUAAAAGAGGAUAGUAUAUAGGCAACCAUAAUGGCAUAAGUGCAUCAUUGUAAUGGCGAUGGCAAUUAGUGUAUAACGAAGAUUAUUAUUAUUAUUAUUAUUAUUAAUUUUUAGUUUAUUCUUAAUUAUUAUUAUUGCCAUUAUUAUUAUUAUUAUUAUCAUUGAUAUUAUGAUUAUUACUAUUAUUAGCGGUUCUCGCAUUGUGAUAAUCGCAUUGUAAUUGUACCAUUAUGACGAUGACAAGUAUCGCUGCUCUUAUUAAAGGGUUAUUAAAGUUUAUCAUGUCGAUUCGAGAGAGAGAGGAAGAAGAGAUGUACUUUUCUUUUUUUUCAAACGUUCAUACCUUAUCGAUCAAAGACCACGAUGAUUUUUUCACUUAUUGUUUAUUGAUUGUAAUAAUGAAUUGCAAACGAAUCGUUUAUUACCUAAUACGUAGGUAAACGAGAAAAAAGGAUAUCCCAUUCGCAUUGUAUAAACAAAGUCAAGACGAGAGUUAUGAGUAUCCUCCGAACAAUUAGGUGGUUAAACUCUGUUGUUAAAUAAUAUGUCGCGAGCGAAUCGCUCGGCUAAAGAUCGACUGCCGAAUGCAAUUUUCUCCACAUUUAUCUCGAUUUGCUAUUUGUACAAUCUAUUAUCAUGCCUACAAGUCUUAUAUCAAAAUAUUCAAUUCAAUUUUUCUUUUUGAUUAAUUCUGAGUGCAGCAUAUAAUUUUCGUAACAUAAUUCCGAAGAGAAUAUAUUUAUUCGAAUAUCUCUAUUUCUAUUUUGUAUUUUUUACGUAUAUAUAAAUAAAACGUAUAAAGCGACAAUAUAAAACUGUUGAUCGCGGAUCGUAAUCGAUGUCGGAUUAAUUCGCGAUUGCGUGAUUAUUGAUUGAUAACCGUCUAUAUAGCCGUAAGUAAAUGGAUUCUCAUGAUAAUUGUUUAAAAUUAUAAACUACGAUCUCUUGACGCGGCCACGCUAUCUUUAGCCGAAUCUUUCGCCGAUCGUGCGACCAGUACAAGUGCGUUCCGGCACAGCUAGUAUACGAGAAAAGCGCACCCGAGGUUCGCUGUGAGUGCGCCUCCGGGCGUCCCUUAUAGGCUCUACCUAACAUUUAAUAAAUGAAACGAGAACACAAAAGAAAAGGAAAAAAAUUUAAAAAAAAAGAAGAAAUACAGAUCGAUAAUACGGACGCGCGAUAUGCGAGAAAGAGAGUGAGUGAGUGUGUGUGUGUGUGAGAGAGAGAGAGAGAGAAAGAGAAAGAGAGAGAGCGAUGAGAAAGAAAUAACGUUCAACGUAUUUACGGAUAUAUACACACACGCGGUAUAAGAUAUUAUUAUAUAUUUAUAUCCUUCGCGCUCUUCUCCUCCCACGUCUCCCCCGGUCUCCUCCGUUUCUUCUCAUCCUCUCCGUCAUCCUUUUCUCCGAUUUCUGCACGCGAUAAGGGCGUAAGAAAAAAAGGGAAUGGCAAAACAUAUAGAGAUAAUAAAAAACGGCCGGUGGGGGUCGAGUCGUUUGCUCGACGCUGCACGCUGAUAAACACUGAUUGUUAAAAUGCAUUUACGUUUUCUUUUUCGCCUCUCGGAGUGUCUCGUCGGUGUCACGGCGUUAACUGUCGUCGCUUAUAAAAAGCCCUUCUCCUCUUUCCCCUCCCAUUAUCCCGUGUCAUCUCAUCCGCCUCCGUCUGUCCGACUCGACCAAUUUGUCCCGAUGAUUGUGCGCCGCAGAAACGAUAAUAUUUUUGGAUUGAUUUCUUCGUGUUGGUCAAGAAAACGAGCGCACACGCGCCUCUCUCUCUUUACGCCGGAGACGCGCGCGCGUUGUCUCGUCGCCGAUUCCGUAUACACACGUGUGAUGAUCUCAGAGUAUAACGUCCGUGUGUGCGGGAGACGAUCGUCGACGUUGUGGCCCGAAAGACGACAGUUGAGUAUACCAUAGAAAUCAUUGUAUCGAUUCGAAACAUUAUGAUAAACUUAAUAAAAGGAUCGAAAAUAA